ACUGGCCUGGCGCGUCGCGCCCUGCGAGGCCCGGGGACCUGUGGGGCGGCAGCAGCGGGAUGGGCCUGAGCCCCGCCGCCCGGGGUGAGUGCGAGAACCGCCUCCCUAGGUUCCCCGCGCCCCGCCUCAGGCCCGCCUGGAGAACCGCGAGUACACGACCGAGAGACACCCAGCCUGCUGCCCCCGGACGUUCAGCUGGGCCGCAGUCGAGUCGCCGCGGGAGUGGGGCUCCUCCCUACCGAGGCACCACGCCCGUGCCUGGAACCUUCUGGGGUCGUUCUGCAGGUCCCAGCAGGCUGUCGGACCCCCAGAAAGAAGAAUCUGUGGCAUCUCAAGCGUUGGUCCAGCUCUUGCCCAAGCAGCCACAGCAGGGGACGUUAGAACAGGGCAGAAGCAGCGUCCAGCAGGGGGAGAAGCCCCUGGAGUCCACACCCGACCAGAAGAGAGCAGAGUGGAAUUCAACCCCGAAGCCUAGGAGUGCGGGCUGGUUGAUAAAGCAGGAGGCGGAGGGUAAACCAAGACCCAGGCCUGGAGACCUGAUUGAGAUUUUUCGGAUUGGCUACGAGCACUGGGCCAUCUAUGUGGAAGAUGAUUGUGUGGUCCACCUGGCUCCCCCAAGUGAGGAAUUUGAGGUCGGCAGCAUCACUUCCAUCUUCAGCAGCCGGGCCGUGGUGAAAUACAGUCGUCUGGAGGACGUGCUGCACGGCUGCUCCUGGAAGGUCAACAACAAGCUGGAUGGGACGUACCUGCCGCUGCCCGUGGACAAGAUCAUCCAGCGGACGAAAAAGAUGGUCAACAAGAUAGUGCAGUACAACCUGAUCGAGGGGAACUGCGAGCACUUUGUCAACGACCUGAGAUACGGCGUGCCCAGGAGCCAGCAGGUAGAGCAUGUGCUGAUGGAGGGAGCGAAGGCUGCAGGGGCGGUGCUUUCAGCAGUGGUGGACAGCAUAAGGCCCAAACCAGUGACAGCCUGAAGGCGCUAAAAACCCCAGGCAGAGGAAGAGCUACUGAUGUCGGCGAAGAGAACGGGCCUCCUUCCCUCCCCUGCCUUCCUCUCUCCAUGGCCCUGUGUAAGAAAAUUGUGAGCUUCUGGAAGAAUCUAGAAUGUACCCAAUUUCCCCUCCAGAAAUACAUCCAAUAUAUGUGCUCAUGGACCCCUGGACUCUCAGGGCAGGAAGAACCUAAUAUGUGUCAUGCAUCAAUUAGGCGCCAGGCACUGUGCUAGGCAUUUCACAUACUUCAUUUUAGUCUCUUUGUAGGAAGGGGCCUUACUUAGGGCCUUACUUACUUCUUGGGCUGAACCUAGUCUGUGAUGCAUGAAACAUCCUGGAAAUCUCUGCUGAACGUGUCCAGGAAUGAAGUACUCUUUUCAGGAGUUCUUUCUGUUGCCCUUUCAGGCCCACAGUGUGGUGCAGGGGCAGAGGCCUUUUAGGAAACCUGUAAUCGCUGCUCAGGAUCGACUGUGCCCUCAUCCAGGAGCACCUUUCCCAAGAAAUAUUUUCUUUUAAAAAUUACACAACCAGCUUUAUUCUUUGUU